UCGCAGCUGCAGCUCUCAACCCUCAGCUCCAUGCUCUACCCCUUGGCGGACUGUCACGUUUUUUUCACCAAAGAGCUGCACGGAACAGCGUUUCCCUUGAGAUUUCAUGGUCUCUGCAUGACCAGAUGUCUACUGAGCCGUUUCUUCUCCUCGUGCCCAGCCAUUGUUGCUUCGCUAUCAGGGAAAAACACUUUACUCCUGUGGUUGGUAGCUCCCUUUCAUGACUUCUGUGCCUGGAUUGCCUUGUGUGUUGGGCUGCCAUGAUGCUUGGAUUGCAGGGAAGUACUUCACCCACUAAAGUAUUUCGUUGUGUGGCGUGCUCAGCCACCUUCACAGGAUUGGCCUCCUUGCUGGUACAUCAGGCAUCCCAUGCCAGUUCACUCCCCAAGGCUGCGGCACCUCCACAGCCUGGCAGCAGCCCCCAUGAUUCCAGUAUGGACCCAUCCACAGAGCACCCAAGUCCUUCCACGCUUUAUCCCGAGAGCCCUGUGCCCUCUUUUUUUAUUUGCGAUUGUGGAGAGGAAUUCAAUGACUUUAGUCAAAUGCUCGAGCAUAAGCAGACACAUGUCCCUCAACUACAGCAAGUGAAUACCCUGGAUAAUGAAAGUACUGUCUCUAAAUCAGGAUGUGAUAAAAGUCUGCUAGCCCAACCUUCAUCUCUCAGUCCAACUAUAAACCAGCCAGAUUUGGUUCUUAGUUGUCCCUCUACCUCAAGGCCCCCAGCUAUCGACCAACCCCCACUAGCACACAGUAAAUCAGAUGUAAGCUCUGAAGAUGGCAAUUCCAUAGAAAUCCCUCCUCAAGGCCAGAGCACACCUCCUCUAGAUGAGGAUGAAGAUCAACUUGAGAACAUGCCUGCUGAAAUAGAGCAAAUGUCAGAGACUGCAGAGGACAUGCAUUUCCAGGACACAACAAAUUCAGAGCAUACCAGUGAAAACAACGAGAGCUUACCCAAAAACGACAACCUUAUGAAGCUGCUAGCCUCAGCAUACAGGAAUUGCUCUCCAACCCCUCAUUCCCAGAGUGACAGCAAUAUCUUUGUUACCCCAAAACAAGAAGCAAUCCAAGUUGAUAUAACACCAGCAACCAAACCAGAGGUUCCACCGAUCAAUGAUCUCUCCAUUGCGCAGUUGAGGCGUCUUCUUUCAAAACCUGGAAUAAAGACAAAAGCUCCAUCUAUAAGCAAAGUUCUUGGGUCAAGUAAAAAGAGGGUUGUCUCUCUGACUAAAACUUUCUCACCUGUUGUGGUUCUCGAAACUCGUCAAAAGCUAAAGGACCCUGGUGGCAACUGCACAUAUGGUCGAUAUCAAUGCGGCCGCUGUCGUAGGGUCUUUGAAAACUUGGACAGACUGACAGAGCAUCAUUUCUUACAUAAAAAAGAGAGAAUUAAGUGUUGUCGUCGCUGCAAACAGCUCAUCAUUGGCCGUGUGCCUUUAAAUGACAAUCACAUAUGCCCUCAAUUAGGAAAAAUUCCCACACAGUUUUCAAGCUCUUUUAAAAACAAGUUCCCAAAUGCCCCUAAAACGAUGCCAUUCCAUAGUCAAAACAAUGCAAGGAAAGUGUUCUUUUGUCCAUUGUGCAAGCACAGCUAUGCAAGGAGAUGGAACUUAAAAAUGCACAAGUGCCAGGGCCCUAGGGCAGCCCCCCCAGGGCCAGUCGAUCCCUCGAUUCAGAAAAUGCUAUCGCUGAGAUCAAACAGUCAGGCCAUAACAGAUGUAGAGCUUAAUGCUGGAUCUCAGAUUGGUAAGAGUGUUGCUGUGGGCACUGAAAUAACUAGUCAUAUCAAGGUAGAGAUGAUAUCUCCAGAUGUAAAUCAGUCUGCAGUUUCACAGCUAGCCUGGGUGCAUCCAGCACAAAGCUUCUCUCCAUUUUACUCCAAAUCUUCCAUCAAUGAGGAUGCUGCUUUGCGUGGCAUUUCCCUCCAGCAAGGAGAAGAAAACAGCAGCUGGGAUGCAGCAGCAGAGGAUAAGGAUAAGGAUGAUGAUGAUGAUGAUGAAGGGCAGUGGACUAUGCCCUUGGAUGAUGAAAUAGAAGUGCUUAGCUCUGCAGAGAAAACUGGUUCUGGUGCAGAGGGUGCUAAAUCUCUGUCAGUUGAACAGCCAGAGAGGGUGCCCCUUAGCAUGCGCUAUUUUGUCAGAGAUGGCAUAAAACGUUAUCCUUGCACCAGGUGCCAGAAAACGUACAGUCGGCCAUGUACGCUGAGGCGCCAUCUACGGCUGUGUGGGUUUAGGCCACGAGGAGUAGAUGGUGCAGCACAGAGUGAUACUCUGGGUGAUAAGUCACCGAAUGCUAACAGUGCACCAAUGUUUCCUUGUUUUGUUUGUGGGCGGACAUUUAACCGCAAAGACAAUAUGAUGGUCCACAGAAAGAAGUGUAUGUUGAGACGAACGAUGUCAGAUGCUGCAGAAGGGACAGUGCAGCAGCAGAGUGUAUCAGGCAAUGCAGCAGACGGUCAAAGCCAGGGAGAUGAUGGCGGUAACUGGGGUAUCAUGUCAUUGCCGUCAGUUCUUCCAAGAAGGGUGACAUGUGAGUGUGGUGUUGGAUUUACAUCUCCACGACUUCUCCUUGAACAUUUGCAGAAGCACGCACAGGAGUCAUACACUUGUCCGACUUGCGGGGAGACUGUCAGUUCCUGGGCAGACUAUGAAGUACAUCUGCAGAUCCAUAUGCAUCCUCAUCACCAGCUGCUGAAAGGAUUACAGCCACAGAGGUCACAACCUCUUCUACUUCGAUUUCAGCAGCAGGCACCACAGCAACCAUCUCCAUCAGGGCAGCAGCCACCUCCCCCGGUGCAACAACCUGCACCAAAGCAAACCAUCAAAACACUUCAGUUUUCGAAUCCAUCUCUGAAAAGUCAACGGCUUGUAUGCACACGAUGUGGAAACACUUUUGCCUCCCGUUGUUCCCUACGACGGCAUUUAACAUGGAAUCGAUGCAAAGGUGCACGGGCUACAAAUCAGCCAUCUAACCCACCCAAAACCUAUCACUGUUCCCACUGCAACUCUGACUUCCCAAACACAAUCAGUCUUUUAUUUCACCAGAGGAGUGGGGCUUGCAAACCGGCCAUAAAGCCUGUGCGCUGCCCCGUUUGUCUUCGCUGGUUUGGCACUGUAGAUAGUUUGCAGAAACACCUGCUCACCCACAAACAGUCUGAGUCAUAUCGCUGCGAUGUUUGCCAGGGUACAUAUCACAGCCUAAAAUCCCUCAAAAACCACAGAAGAAGGAUUCAUCGCAUCAUGGCUGGAGACACCAAUGGAAAUCCACCAGAACAGCUGGCUUCUUAAUGUUUUUCAGAUAAGAAAAAUCUUAACUUUAGAGUUGUGCAUUUGAGGAAAAAGCAAAUUUGUAAUGUUCUUUCCAUUUUCCCAUAUGAAAUGUAGUUACUUGGUUGAUUUUUUUUUUACUGUGUUCAGAGAUUGACAUUGUAUAGUCCCUUUUUUACUUUUUAAGUAAACCCUGAGCGUGUUAUAGUAGCUUUCCUGUUCAAAAUAAAGCUUUGCUACUCUGUACAUUUUUGUUUAAUCUACGUAAUCCUUUUAACACAUAGCCUACUUAGUCUGUAUAUGAGUAUUUGGUAAUCAAUCUUUGUCACAUGAAUGUAAUGUAGCUUGUAGUUGUGCUGUUAAUAAACAUGUUAGUAUGUAAAAAAUUUCCCCCUUUUUUGUGAAAUUGCAAAAUAUCUGGUAUUAUCACUGAGAUUCUAAGUGAUGAA